AUGUUAAAAAUAAAUGGAUUAAAGCAAUCAAUAGACUUGAGUAAUGACAAUGGGAAAUUAUGGUAUCUCAAAAAAUAUAGUGUUGUAUGCAGUGCCCAUUUCAUUGGUAAUAGACGGUCAAGAGAUCCACAAAGUCCUUCAUAUAUUCCUACAAUAUUUCCUGAAGUCUACAAAAAAAGAAAUGUUAAUAUGGACCAACAAAAUUCCAGAUAUUCUCGUGUUUUAAAAAGACAAAAAACCAAUAAGCAGCCUACUAAUAAUCCCAAUGAUAAUUUAAAUACAACAUUUGUAAUAGAAACUAAUGAAGGGGACAAUAAUUGUAAAUCAAUGUGUAAUUCUAGUACUCAAGUGAAUUUUGAAUGUAUUCCAAAUAAUUCAUUUGUAUUUGCAUGUUCUUUUGAAGGUGAUUCUGUUAGUACUCAAAUAACUUCAUCUACUGGGUUUUAUGAUAAUAAUUUGAAAUUUUCAUUGGACAAAUCUUGUGGACCUGAUUCAAAUUCUAAUAAUUUUUGUCCUUCAGGUUUGGACUGUGACAAAUUCCAUGGUUUUGAUUCUGUAAAAAAUGAAACAUCCCUUAAAGAUUUAACUGGAACCUCUUUUAAAGUAUUUGAUUUUUUACUCUCUCUACUUCCUGAAACUCGUACCAAUGUUAUCAUUAAAAAGAAUGGACUACUAAUAUUUUUAAUGAAAAUUAAAUUGGAUUUAUCUUUUUCUGCUUUAAGUGUCUUAUUUAAUGUUCAUCGCACCACAGUCAGUAGAACUUUUUUUAACAUUCUUGAUAUAUUAUGUUUCAAAACUAAAAAUUUAAUAUUUUGGCCCAGUAAACACACAAUAACCGAAACAUUACCAGAAACAUUUAAAAAACAUUAUCCUAAUACCCGUUGCAUAAUUGAUUGUACUGAAAUAAAAGUAGAACAACCGCCGACUGUAGAACAGAGAGUUUAUAUGUACUCCCACUAUAAAGGAUGUUACACAAUUAAAUUUUUAGCUGCAAUAACCCCAAGUGGGGCCGUAUCAUUUAUUUCCAAAUGUUAUGGUGGAUCCAGUGAUUCAUUCAUUACAAAUGAUAGUGGGUUUUUGACAAAAUUAGAACCAGGUGAUCAAAUUUUGGCAGAUAAAGGGUUUCCUGGUAUAAAAACCAAUUGUGAAAAUAAUAAUACCAUUUUAGUGAUGCCACCCAUUUUACACAAUGGUAGAUUAACUGAACAGGAAGUUCUUGAAACAUAUAGUAUUGCCAGCAUACGAAUACAUAUAGAAAGGUUUUUUGCAAGAUUGAAAACUUACGGUAUUUUAAAAAAAAUACCAAUUGAACUUUUACCUUAUAUUGACGACAUUGUCCAUAUUUGUUGUGUGUUAACAAAUUUGCAACCCCCAAUUAUAAAAAACUAA